AUGUCUUCAGCUCCUCUACCUACCACGUCCUUUGACCCGGAUUGGGCCAAGGAGAGCAAUACCGCCAUGAUUGUCGGUGUAACUGGCGGCUUCCACGCCCUUGCUCUGCUUUUCGUUGGCCUCCGCAUGUACACCCGUGCCGCCAUCGUCAAGCUUAUGGGGAGAGACGACUACGUCGCCAUUGCAUCCGUGGACAAGAGUUUGGAACCCAAAUGUUAUCCAAUCACUCUCUUCAUCAAAUUUGGCUUGAUCAACACUGUCUUCAACAUCUUCACCGAUGUAUGCUUCGCUACGCUUCCUGUAAGCAUCAUUUGGACGUUGCAGAUGAAACUGAGGACACGGAUUUAUCUUAUCAUUGUUCUCAGUCUCGGUUACUUUGCGGUAGCUAUGGGUGUCAUCAAGUCAGUCUACCAAAUAGCGUACGGGAAAGACAUGGACAAGACUUUUUACCAAAGUAUUCAAUUCUGGGAAUUCUUACAACUCAACCUCGGAAUUAUCGCGGCUUGCGCACCAUCUUUGAAACCUCUUGUCGGCCAUGCCCUCAAGAUUUCGUCGAGCGACCGCUAUCACGGCGAAUUAUACGAGAAUCGAAGACGGACCGGGACGAAUACGUCGAAACGCCGCCAGGGCUACAGAGUUCACGACAGUCAAGUUGAAUACGAGAUGCAUGGUCGUACUUUUGCUGGAUCCUCUGAGGUACAGCGCAGUGCUGUAGAUAACCUGCAUCAAAGCCCAUACGGAAAAGACGGCAGCAGGGGGUCUGGAAGCGAUGAUAUGAUCCUCCAGGAUGAUAAAGGACAAGGGAUCAUGCGGACCACAGAGAUAUCGAUCAAGCGAUGA